AUGCUGGCUCUAUUUCCUGAAGUAGAGGAAUCAACUCUUUCCAAGGAAGUCUUGGGAGAACUGCCGGAAAUGGUCGCUAUUGUUACCGAGGAGGAGUCAUGGACCCUCUACUUUGAUGGGUCUUCCACAUCAAAAGGUGGAGGGGCAGGUGUCGUGCUCAUUAAUCCCAAUGGGCAAGCUACGGCUCUCUCAUUCAAGCUAGACUUUCCAUGCACGAAUAAUGUGGCGAAGUACGAAGCCUUUAUUAUGGGAUUGUCCAUAGCAAAAGAAAUGGGUGCAGAAAAGGCGAAGAUCAUCGGCGAUUCGAACCUAGUACUAAGUCAAUUGCAAGGAAGCUUUGCUGUGAAGGAAGCAACCCUGGCACCAUAUCGGACAGCUGCUGAAAGACUAAUUAAUUCUUUCAAGCAAGUUAUGUUGGAACAUAUUCCAAGGGUUACUAAUAGAUAUGCUGAUACGUUGACUACUUUGGGAUCGAAGCUUUCAUUUGUUGAAGAACAACCCAACAGUGCCGUGAUCAAGAAAGACAUGCCAGUGAUCGAACCAAUAGCUCAUGAGCAGCCGCUGGAAGAAGGUGACUGGCAGAAACUUGUGAAGGAGAAGAUAAGUAAGGGAAACGACAUCAAGGAAUUAAAAAGAUUAUGCUAUCAUCUUUGGGGAACUGUACAAAUGCCUUCCAGGAGGUAUUUUGACCCACUGCAUAGGGUCAGCAGAAGCAUGAGUGAAGCUCCAAGAAGUACAUGA